CGAGUGUCGUUUGAGCGACGCGCCGUUUACCCUAUAUAAAGUAAUAGCAAGACGCCGGAAUACACAACCCUGAGUGAAGAUGGUUUUGUUUUAAUUUGUGAGGUGAACGGAGCUUUUAAAAGCUCUUCUAGCCGAGUUAUUUUUUAUUUAUUAAUCCGAAAGACAAUAGAGAGUGCCUUUCAGACUGCAGCUAAAGGGAGCAGAGAAACCCCGAUAUAACGAAGGAAUUACCAAUGAAGUGCGACAAUUGUACGAAAACGGAGUGUAACAAGAAGCAGAAGAAUGAUGAGAACCAAGCAUCAGUCAGCAGUGAGCUUGCUAAGGGUGACGAGAAUGCAGAAGAGAAAAGUGAGUUUCAUAAGCUAGCUAGCGAGCGGGUGUUUCUCAGUGACUGUUUGGCUUGUGAUAAGUGUGUCACAGAUGAAGAAAGCCAACAUAUUUAUCAGCAGAAUGAAAGAGAACUUUUCAAUAUCCUCAGCCUAAAUAAGAAAUGUGAUACCUCGAAACACAAAGUGCUGGCAGCCUCAUUGUGUCCACAAUCUCUGCCUUACUUUGCAGCCAAAUUUAAGGUUGGCAUUGCAGAGGCAGCUAGAAAACUCUGCGGUUUUCUCAAAUGUUUAGGGAUUCACUACGUUUUUGAUGGAACUCUCGCUUCAGACUUCAGUGUCAUAGAGAGCCAGCAGGAAUUUGUUCACCGAUACCGUCAACAUAAUCAAAAUCCAAAUGCUCUACCCAUGUUUACAUCCGCAUGUCCUGGUUGGAUACGGUAUGCAGAACGGAUCCUUGGAAAUCUGGUAACUCCACACAUCUGUACAUCCAAGUCCCCACCACAGAUCAUGGGUUCAUUGGUUAAGGACUUUUUUGCUAAGCAGCAGAAUCUUCCGCCUGAUAAGGUGUACCAUUUGGUUGUGGCCCCCUGUUUUGAUAAGAAGCUGGAAGCCUUGCGGGAGGAGUUUUACAAAAGUUUGUUGCACACAAAGGAUGUGGACUGUGUGCUGACCUCGGGCGAGAUUAUUCAAAUAAUGGAAAAAAGGAAUACUUCUGUGGAGGAGCUAGACUCUGUCGCAUUAGAUCACAUCUUUGGUGAAGAAGGAGAGUUGGAUAUCGCAAGGCAUGAAGGCAGGGGCUCAGAAGGCUUCCUGGAGCACAUCUUUAAAUUUUCUGCAAAGGAGCUCUUUGGGCUGGAGGUGGAAGAGAUUGUUUAUCGCACACUUAAAAACCGUGAUUUUCAGGAGGUGAUACUUGAAAAAGAUGGUGAGGUUCUCUUACAGUUUGCUGCCGUGUAUGGUUUCCGGAAUAUUCAGAAUAUGAUUCAGAAACUGAAGAAAGGCAAAUUCCCCUAUCAGCUUGUGGAGGUGCUUGCCUGUUCUGGAGGCUGUCUCAGUGGGAAAGGCCAAGCUCAGUCAACGAAUGGGAAGCCCGAUAAAGCCUUGCUACAGCAAAUGGACGAGGUGUACACUAGUCUCCCGGUGAGACUGCCAGAAAAAAAUGCAACUGUACAGAAGCUCUACCAGGACUGGCUGGAAGGCAUUGACUCACAAAAGGCCCAGGAGGCACUGCAUACUCAAUACAGGGCAGAAAAUCUGACAAGCAGUACUUUGGAUUACAAAUGGUAGCUGUUGUGAAGCACUGGAGGCGAAAGGCAAAAAAAUGUUCCAAGGCUUCAGCUGCUUUCUGAAAAAGGCGAAUGCUGGAAGCCAAGCAAAGCACAGCACUGUGAUUCCACAAACCUUCGAUUGGAAUGCUCUUCAGAGAAACCUGCUUGACAAUUUUUCAAUUGAUCUACCAUCAUUGCUGAGAAAAUGAAUUUGAAAUGGUAACACCGUAUUAGCAAUACCACAUCCAAAUUUCCUGUGUACCACGUUCAUACUUUAAGUUCCAGUAACCUCCAAAUUGUUAAAUGCAUGACAAUGUGUUAAAAUGUUGGUGGGCUUAAGUGCUUUUACUCUACUCCACAAGGUCCAUGUUUUGAGCUCCAAGGCUAGUGCCCUAACUCUGUGUGUGUGUGUAAUUCUUGUUUCUGUUUUUACUGGUGCCUAAAUUUUAUAAUUUUGACUACAAACAUUGCUAAAUUAUAAAAGCUGUCAUCAAAAUGUAUCAAUUUUGAAUCCUAUAUAGUUAUUUUUUAUCUGCAAGGUAUUAUCAGCCGGAUAAUGAAUGCCAGCUUCCUUAUGGCAGAUGGGUUCAGAGGGUGCGUUUUUUAAAAUGCCACAGGCUGGUUGCACUGUGUGAUGAUACUGUAGCGCCCCACUCAUGGCUGAAGGCCUUAUUCUUGCCUUCAUUGAUUGAUCGCUGCUUGUUAAAUAUAUAGGACAGCAUUUGACUGAAACUAUACAAUGGAUUUCACCCUGGUGUUUGUGAUGAAAUGUUUCAGCUCCUAGUCGGUCUGCUCAUGUGGUAAAUGGGGAAUGAACCCGAUUUAUUGUCGGUGCUUCAACUAGAUGCUACCCCCACCAUUUUAUGUCUGCUAAAAGUGCAUUAUGAAGAAAUGGAAAAAUUGUGAAUCUUCUCAAACUGUGAACACUUGACAUUAAACUGUAAUAGCCUACUAGUCAAGUCAGGUUGCUCUCUGAAUCUUACGUAGGCUUUUUCCACUGUUCAGGUCAUAAAUUUGGUGGCAGCCAUUUAUUUAGGGCUACAAGUACAGUUGAAAAAUGGCAUCAGCAUAAAAGGGAAGAGCGCAAAGAAUUUAAUAAUGAGUGGACUUGUGUUUCCUUUGCUGAUGCAGGAAUUGUUCCAUAAAUGAGUCGAGUUGAUGGACAAGGGUUGCAUUAGCAGUUGUGCUACUGCAAAGGUGGAGAAUCUUUUUUUUUUUUACUUUGGGCUUGUACUGUGUGCUUACAGCACGUGCCGAGCUUGAUUUGAGUCCAGAUUUUUCUGAACCACUAACCAAGCUGUCGGUUCUGUCUAGAGAGCUAAAAGUAGCCAAGGGCUGCUCUGUCUGGCGACACCAGCUAAUGUGGAGAGAUGUUUAGUCUCAAGCUUUACAGAAUUUUACUCUGAUAUUUUAAGGGUAGACUGAAAAGAAUGUAAUGCCCCAGUGCUGUCUAAGGCCAUUUAGACAUUCAUUGUAUGUUCAAGCAAUUAACUUUUAAGCAUAUGGUGGGAUCUGGGAGACUGGUUGUGUGUGUGUGUGUGUGUGUGUGUGUAAAUGAUUUUCAAAGCACAAACACCUAUUCCAGGCUGGAAAGCAGGAUGCUCAAGACACCCAUCCACAUUCUGAAUUUUAACAAAAUGUCUUUUUUUUUUUUGUCUAAUUUGCCCUGUCAUUUUAAGGUGAGUGAGCCCUAGUGUUCCUGACAUAUAAAUCUUGCCCUAAAAUGUAUUUCUUGUUAUGCCUUUUGAGUAUAAUGGUGAAUUAAAAGGCCAGGUUGAACCAUGGUGGCUGGGCGGGGCGGGGCGGGUGUAACAUUAAACCAACACUUCAUUUUCUGUCCUUCCUUUUCAAAUAUUUAACAUUUUUGAGUUCAGGUGAGCUUUAGGGAGUGGAGUGUCCAACUUGGCAAGUCCCAUUGCAGGUCAUGUUCAUUGUGGACUGGGAAUUGACCCUUUGAGCUCCACUUGUGCACUUGUCUCAUUUUGGCCCCAUUGCGAUUUCUGCAUAUGGUGCUCAAUCACCUUCUUCCUAUAAUAACAUACCUGUGUAACAUAUCAAAAAUGAAAGCACUUGUUCCUCCAGUCCAAAAUGUUUUUUUUUUUUUUUUUAUGUAACCAGCAUUGUUUGAGCAAAGUCUGUAUUUAAAAAAAAAAAA